GCUUGAGACGUAGAAUUGAGAGUACCUUAUUGCCAAGUAUAGUAACGAGGAGGAAGCGCUUGACAACCACCUGCCUUGAAUAGGGAUGUGAAUCACAAGUAGAGGGUGCUUGCAGUUCAACCAUUUGACUGACCUCUUUCAACAUCAACCAUACAUCCAAUGUCACUCAUACAAAAAUAAUUCUACACAUUAUUGAGGAUAUCAUCAUCAUGACCGACAACGAGAUUGCCGAUAAGAAAGUGGCCAACAAUGAGGUUGUCAACGAUAAAUCGAUAGACAAUGAAAUGACUGACGACGAGAUGGCCGACGACAAAAUUAGCGAUAACAAAACGACAGAAGGAAUUACGGCAGAGGAAAAGGCAAUGGAAGAAGAAAAAAUAGAAGAGACAUCGAAAGACGAUGAGAUGACCGAUGCCCAACACAGGGAUGGCGAGUCGACUGAGGACGAGAUCAUGAGCUUAUCAGUCAUACGGAAACAACUGUUCCCACACAUGCCCGAUCUGUUCUUCGAUGUGAUCUCGAAAAAACCACACUGA